GCCAUGUUCGGAGAGACUGUACAGCGACACCUCUUGUCAAGAAACACGACUCAUGUUCACAUUUUAGAGGUACCUGCAAAGAUUAAAUGUAGCAGCUCAGUUUAAAAAAUAAACGUCUACUGGAGCUAUUGGUCUGUAGUUCUCAAAAUUAUUCAACAAGCGUAACGUUCUUCCCCCAAGCGGAACUUUUUUGCGAGCGACCGGGGGACACUUCAGUGUGUUGCACAUUCUACGUCAAGCAGUGACGACGUAGCUCAGCCAUGGCGGAACCAACAGUAGUGGACAAGCCGUCAUCCUUCAUGGAUCCAUUUAAAGGACUUCUGCUCACUUAUUUAAUGCCAGAGUCGUGUUAUGACGAGUUCUUUCUCCAUUUCAAUCUUCUAGACGUUCCAUGUUUGAAGAUUCUUCUGAGCAAAGGUCUCGGGAUUGGAAUCAUCCUGGGAUCAGUGAUGGUGAAACUUCCACAGAUCCUGAAGCUGAUAGGAGCCAGGAGUGCCGAGGGUUUGAGCUUUAACUCCAUCCUGCUGGAGCUGCUGGCCAUUACAGGAACCAUGGCUUACAGCAUUGCAAAGCAGUUCCCCUUUAGUGCCUGGGGCGAGGCCCUCUUCCUCAUGCUGCAGACCGUCACCAUUGGCUUCCUCAUUCAGCACUACGGAGGAAAAACCACCCGUGGUGUCAUGUUCGUGUUUGUUUACAUGGGCUUGCUGGUGCUCCUGCUGUCCCCUGUAACCCCUUUAUCGGUGGUCACCACCAUGCAAGCGUCCAACAUGCCGGCCAUUAUCAUCGGCAGGCUGAUCCAGGCUGCCACAAACUUUCGCAACGGCCACACCGGGCAGCUGUCGGCCAUUUCUGUUUUCCUGCUGUUUGCCGGGUCUCUCGCGCGCAUCUUCACUUCACUGCAGGAAACUGGAGACACACUGAUGGCCCUCACAUACGUCAUUUCCUCCUCCUGUAAUGGCAUUAUUGCCCUGCAGGUCCUUUACUACUGGAACAGUGCUGCUAAGCAGAAGAAGAUGGAGUAGAGAACAACAACAGCAUCUGAUUUCUAUACAGGAGCCUGACUUCCGUUGUGGCUCCUGACAGGUGUCCUCACUACUUGAAAGCACUGAGGUGACGGAAGAUGAACUAUGUGAAAUUCUGAACCAACUGGCUUUAAUUUGCCUGUGAAGAAACUCCUCGGUGCGAUUAGACUUGUCACAUUCCCUGAAACAAAAUGAUUCCAACUCUAGACUAAGCUCUUUUGUAUGACAGUAUAAAAUUGUGUUGCGUGUCAACACAAGAAAUACUUAUGAAUUCUGUCGACUGCAGGUUCCCACAGGAUUAGUGUGGCACUUUGACAUGUAAAAGUUAGUGAGAUUCAACACUUGGUGAAGUGACCCUCAGCUCGACCUUUAAAGUAUUUAAUCAGCCUUAUUCAGAUUGUGAUGAGAAAAUGCCUGUCCACAAUGUGACCAAAAUGUUGCAUCACAAAGUGGACAGUUCAAGUAUGGAGCGUUUGCGUGAACCAAAAGUUCUUAUUAAAAUAUCUUUAGGAAA